AUGGCAACUUUAGAAGAAUUGGAACAGGACGAGCUCAUUGACCAGGAAAUCACCUCGUCGUCCACACAGGACAUCAUCAACAGAACAAAACUCCUCCACAACGAUAUCCAAGUGAUGUUCUCGGAAAGUCAACGACUUUCACACGAGAAGGCUGUUAUGACCGAACGCAUCAAGGACAACCAGGAGAAAAUCAACAACAAUAAACAAUUGCCGUAUUUGGUUGGAAACGUCGUGGAACUCUUGGAUUUCGACGCCGAUAAGGAUGCGCUAGAACAAGGAGCCAAUGUUGACGUCGAUGCAGCUAGACUGGGGAAACUGGCUGUCGUUAAGACCCUGACCCGCCAGACUAUCUUCUUGCCGCUCAUAGGCCUUGUGGACGCGGCUACAUUGAAGCCUAAUGACUUGAUUGGUGUCAACAAGGAUUCGUACUUGAUUUUGGACACCUUGCCCUCAGAGUACGAUUCCAGAGUUAAGGCCAUGGAAGUUGACGAGAAACCAACAGAGAAUUACUCGGAUAUCGGAGGAUUGGAUAAACAGAUUGAAGAAUUGAUUGAAGCGGUGGUUUUGCCAAUGAAACAGGCAGAUAAGUUCAAGACUCUUGGUGUUAAACCUCCAAAGGGUGCCUUGAUGUAUGGCCCGCCAGGUACGGGUAAAACACUUCUUGCGCGUGCAUGUGCCGCUCAGUCAGGUGCUACUUUCUUAAAGUUGGCUGCUCCACAAUUGGUUCAGAUGUUUAUCGGAGAUGGUGCCAAACUUGUGAGAGAUGCAUUUGCCUUGGCCAAGGAAAAAGCUCCCACCAUCAUCUUCAUAGACGAGUUGGAUGCCAUUGGAACGAAACGUUUCGACUCGGACAAGUCCGGUGACCGUGAGGUGCAACGUACCAUGCUUGAGCUUUUGAACCAGCUUGACGGUUUUGGUUCUGACGACAGAGUGAAAGUUUUGGCUGCUACUAAUCGUGUGGAUACAUUAGAUCCCGCAUUGUUGCGUUCGGGUCGUUUGGAUCGUAAAAUCGAGUUCCCAUUGCCAUCUGAAGAGGCCCGUGAAUCUGUGUUGAAGAUUCAUGCCCGUAAGCUUAAUUGUGACCACCUGUCGAUCAACUGGCGUGAGUUGGCCCGGUCCACAGAUGAGUUCAAUGGUGCACAGUUGAAAGCAGUCACAGUCGAGGCUGGUAUGAUUGCGUUACGUAACGGCAAGUCUGUCAUCAAACAUGAAGACUUUGUGGAGGCCAUUGGAGAGGUGCAAGCCCGGAAGUCCAAGUCGGUGAAUUUCUAUGCAUAG